AUGUCUGUUGUUGGAAUAGAUUUUGGAACCUAUUCAUGCUACAUUGCAGUAGCUAGGGCUGGUGGUAUUGAAACCAUUGCCAAUGAAUAUAGUGACAGACAAACUCCAUCAUACAUAUCAUUCAAUGAGAAGAAUAGAUGUAUGGGAGUUGCUGCUAAACAACAAGCUGUGAUGAAGUUUAAAAAUACUGUUGCUGGAAUCAAACGUUUAGUUGGUAGAAAAUAUAAUGACUCUAGAGCUCAGAGGGAAAUGAAGAUUCAAUUCUCACAAAAUGAUAUUUUUCAUGAUACUAAAGAUGGAAAUAUAUUUAUCAAGGUGGAUUAUUUAGGAGAAAAUCAACAGUUCAGUCCAGAACAAAUAACAGCCAUGUUAUUUACUAAGUUAAAAUUAACAGCUGAAGCUGCAUUAAAAACUAAAGUAGUUGAUGUUGUUAUAUCAGUACCAUCAUAUUGCACUGAUGUAGAAAGGAGAGCAUUUUUAGAUGCUAGUCAAAUGGCAGGAUUAAAUUGUCUCCGUUUAUUGAGUGAUACUACUGCAGCUUCCCUAGCUUAUGGUAUUUAUAAACAAGAUUUACCAGCUGAAAAUGAAAAAGGUCGUAAUGUAGUUAUUGUUGAUAUGGGGUAUGCUGCUUUACAAGUUUCUAUAUGUUCAUUCCAUAAAGGUAAAUUAAAGGUAUUGGCUGUAAGUAAUGAUCCAGAUUUAGGAGGUAGAAAUUUUGAUCAACUCUUACUGCACCAGUUCUCUGAAGAAUUUAAAACUAAAUACAAGAUAGAUGUAAUGAGUAGACCUAAAGCUUAUAUUAGACUUUUACAAGAGUGUGAGAAACUUAAGAAAUUAAUGAGCGCUAAUACUCAGAAAAUUCCUCUGAAUGUAGAAUGUUUAAUGGAUGAUAAAGAUGUCACUUCUGGUAUGGACAGAACUACAUUUGAAGAGUUAGCAAGUAAAGCAGGUUUAUUAACAAGAGUAGAGAAUACAAUGAGAGCUAUACUAGAUUAUUCCAAUGUUAAGUUAGGUGAUGUACAUUCAGUAGAAGUUGUUGGUGGUUCUAGUCGUUUACCAUGUGUGAAAGCCUUGGUAAAUAAAGUAUUCAAUAUGGAACCCAGUACAACUCUCAAUUCAGAUGAAGCUGUAUCAAGGGGUUGUGCUCUACAGUGUGCUAUAUUAUCACCUACUUUCCGUGUUCGAGAUUUUAAUAUCACUGACUGUCAACCCUAUUCUAUAACAUUACAUUAUACUGGUUCUGUAGAAGAUGAAAAUUCCUUAGAAGUGUUCUCUAAAUUUCAUCCCAUACCAUUCUCUAAGAUGUUAACAUUUUAUCGUAAAGAACCAUUUGAAUUAACUGCUAGAUAUACAUAUCCUAAAGAGGUACCCUAUCCAUCAGAUCUUAUAGCAUCUUUUAAGAUUAACAAUAUUGUACCCCAUGCUAAUGGUGAUAGUAAUAAAGUAAAAUUGAAAGUAAGAAUCAACAAUCAAGGUAUAUUUGUAAUACCGUCUGCCAGUAUGUAUGAGAAACUAGAUCAAGAUGAGGACAAAGAUCAAGAGUCCAUGGAUGUUGAUGAUGAAGAAAAGAAAGCAGAAGAAUCUAGCAGUGGAGAGACCAUGAAAUCUGAUGACUCUCCUGAAUCGGAGGUAAAGAAAGCUAAGAAGACAACACGUAGUAUAGAUUUACCAAUAGAAUCUAGCUUUUUACAACUACCCAAACACCAACUUACAGCACAUACUGAUUCUGAGUUAAAGUUUAAUAAUCAAGACAAGCUAGAGAAAGAAAGAUUAGAUGCUAAGAAUGCUGUAGAAGAAUAUGUUUAUGAUAUGAGAGAUAAAUUAGGUGGAAUUUAUGAACAAUAUGCUACAGAAGAUGAUCGAAAUGCAUUAACACUGAAUUUAGAAGAUACAGAGAACUGGUUAUAUGAAGAUGGAGAAGAUGUGAAUAAAGAAGCCUAUGUUGAUAAAUUGAAAGAAAUCAAGAAUAAAGGUGAUCCUAUUAAAACAAGAUAUCAAGAAGCCCAAGUAAGACCAGCAGUAUUUGAUGAAUUAGGCAAGAGUAUUCUACAGUAUAGAAAAUUCCUAGAUGAAUGGGCCAAGAAGGAUGAGAAGUAUGACCAUAUUGAUAAAGCUGAUGUAGAUAAAGUUGAUAAAUGUGCUAGAGAUAAAAUGGACUGGUAUGAAAAACAUCUCAAUUUACAGAAACAAACUCCAUUACAUCAAGAUCCACCCAUCUCAUCUCAUGAAAUCAAUGAACAAAGAAAGGCUCUGGAUGCAGUAUGUAAAUCUAUUGUAAAUAAACCAAAACCAAAAGUAGAACCUCCAAAAGAGGAGAAAAAGGAAGAGAAAAAAGAUGAUGCGAAAAAUGGAGCUGGUGAUAAAGGAACAUCAGAAGCCAAUGACUCUACCAAACCUCCAAAUCCUAAUGCCACACCCGAUAUGGAAGUUGAUUAA